CCAACAGCAGGGCGAAGUGCUGGGCGUUUGGUUUCUGCUGCUUUUGGCAGAUUUUCUUCUGCGCUGGCAACGUCUGUGAAUCAAUUUUGCUUAUUUCUGGUGCUUAAUACCCACACACGUCAGAGUCAUCCUUCCUCAAAUUAAAUCGUCCCAGGAGCUAUCUAACAGAAUUUGAUGAAUCUCUGCACAGCCUGAGAGAUAACUUAUGGAUGCUUUUGAGGGAAUUCACAGCGUCCAGAUUUCCUCUUCUCCACCUUCUUCAACUUCAUCGAGCCCGGGAUAUGAAGUCCUCAAGGCGGGGAUAUCUGGGAUUGCAGUAUACUCCUCUGCAGUCUUCUUUGGCACACAAAAUGUGCCUACUGUCAGGCACAAGUCUGGCAAGGUCACCAAGGAGGAAGCCUGUGUUGUUGGACAGUUGGUAGAUCUGGAUCCAGAGCCAGAGACCAGAAUGGAGGGAGGAGACCAGGUCGGGCCCACCUCAAUCCGAGGCCAUGGCCAGCUCUCCCGGCUUCGCAGCUCCUCCCUGGAGAUCAGGGAAAAAGGGUCAGAGAUCCUCAGGGAACAGCUGGAUGCUGCAAAGAAGGAACUGAAACUAAAGGACAAGGAGUGCGAGCGUCUGUCGCAAGUUAGGAAUCAGCUGGAGCAGGAGCUAGAGGAGCUGACAGCCAGUCUGUUUGAGGAGGCUCACAAGAUGGUGCGUGACGCUAACGUGAAACAAGCAGCUUCAGAGAAACAGCUCAAGGAGGCUCAGGGGAAGAUUGAUGUUCUGCAAGCAGAAGUGACGGCACUCAAGACUCUGGUGUUGACGUCCACACCUUCUUCACCAAACCGCCAGCUGCAUCCACAGCUGCAGUCUUCGGGUACCAGGGGAUCGUACAAAUCGCACAUCCGAAACAAGAGCGCCAGCGGUGCAUUUCCACUCUCACCUGCAAAAAAAGAAGUUUCCUCAGUUUCCAUUCAGCCUGUGUCCAAAGAGGACCGAGAGCCUGCCGCUCCUGCCCUCCUCUCUCUGAUCUUCUGUCUGAUACCUGGCCAGUCUGUCAGUAUGACCUAUGACCCUCAAUGGCAAAAACAGACGGAGGGGAUAGGCACUGAUGGCAGACAGAUGGACUCCAUUUUAUUUGCUGAGUUUUUGAUGUGGAAGGAACGCCCGAGUCUGGACCGCUCCUCUGCCUUCCUGAGUCGUAUUUACAGAGAAGACAUCGGGCCCUGCCUCUCCUUCACGAGAUCAGAGCUGUCCCAGCUGGUUCAGAGCGCAGUGGAGAACAACUCUCUGACCAUCGAGCCUGUCGCCAUGUCGGCACUACCGAUGGUUAAAGCCUCAGCUAUAGAGUGUGGAGGUCCUAAUGGCUUUAGGGCUGCAGUAGAGACAAAAUGUGCAUUAAGUGGCCUGUCACGGCUUUGCAAACAUCGCAUUAAACUUGGCGACAAAGAGAGCUACUAUUACAUCUCACCUUCCAGCCGAGCACGGAUCACGGCUGUCUGCAAUUUCUUCACUUAUAUCCGCUACAUCCAGCAGGGCCUGGUGAGACAUGAUGCGGAGCAGAUGUUCUGGGAAAUCAUGCGUCUUCGUAGAGAGAUGAAUGUGGCCAAAUUAGGUUUCUACCUCACUGACCAGGGCUAGGCCGGUACCUGGAGCACCCAACAAGAGAGCAUAGCAGUUACAGCCUUGGGUAACUGUGGCAACGCACACGUCUUUGAUCAGGUUGAACAGUGCUGCAGCAGAGGUCACCAGCAAGGGAAGCAAAACGUGUUUGUCACUUUUGGAAAUGCAAUAAAACGAUUAGAAUCAAACCAGCACUCCAGGAAUGACAUUAAAGUCCAUGUUUUGUUUGAUGAUGUUAUUCCCAGACAUGUCGGAGAGGGUUUUUCUGUUGCACCACAUUCCCGGAAAAUAACUGUUGUCCUCCAGAAAGUGUGGAGAAACUUCUUACUGAAUCACCCAUGGAACACAAAAUUUCUCAUUUUUAUACAAUAGACUGUGUGUCCUGAUUAAGGCAUUAGCCUGCAAAAUAAUGAGCACAAUCUUAACCUCAAGUAUUACAAAUAUGUGGUGUAAUAGUUUUGUUUCCACACAGCAAUGAUUCAGUUUGUUUUCUUUGUACUUUCAGUUAUCAGCUCAGACACCACAGCCCAGACCUUCAUUCUGAGCAUGGCCUUAAUUUUGUUGGUACACCUCCUGCUCUGCCUUGUACAAAGACUUAACUUAGUCACCUUCAGCUUCUCGUUAGCCCUGUACCUAAAAAUCAGAUGUAUUGUUAAUUAUUACCCACCCAUGCUCAGAAUAGGGAGAGCUUUACAGUGCCAGGGGAAAAAAAGCUUUUAAGAUGUGAUCGAGUUUUGCACAUCUGUAGUUAACAGUAUGAACAUAAAGUAAAAGCCAUAAUUGACUUUGCAUGAAUGCAGAACAUAGCCAUAGUGUAUAUAGGUUGUACCUCAUAUUAUAGAUUUAUUGUUACUGACUUUUUUUUUUUUUUUUUUUAAACAAAAAUCUUUAAAGGUAAAAAUAAAGUAUAGCGUGUCAGAGCGUGCAAUAACUGCUUCUUAGCCUUAUGCAGGGCUUUGAGGUUCCUGACCUCAGUGUACUCAUAAUCACCUGUGUAAAAACUCCAUUAAACACGAGGUAUUGUAUACCAGCUA